GCUCUAUUUUUUAUUUUUGUAGUUAUGUUUGCAGUGCUACCAUUUAUAUUAUAUUUUCCUAAUUUUUAUUUGCGGCAAAAUAUUUAAAAAUUGUACAAAUUAUUAAACAACAAGAGGCAAACAAUAAUUUGUUAUGGUCAAUAAUUAGGAUGUGUGUUCAGUUUGAUAGUCUUAAUAGCAAUUAUAUGGAUAACCGUUUUGUAGUAUUAACUAAACCUAUGAUGGCUUUUUUAUUGUUAUAUGCUUAAAGUUUCCUAAUAUGGAAGCGCUCGAUUACUGCAAAGUGAAAAAAAAAAUUCUAUGCUAACCAAAAAAAAGACAUUCAAAAUAAUAUAGAGAUUUACUGUCUAUCAUCAUAAGAAGAAUUCAUCGGAGACAUACCAUUACCAACAUAUUAUUUCACAUUCACUUUAAUGUCUUCAUUCGUGGAACUCAUCAAUUGUCAUAAGUUCAUAGAAUUCUUUAAAAAGAAUCAUGAUAAGACGAUAAAUUUGUUCAAAGUUUCAAGCGACGCAGCUGUAUCACAAAGUUAUUUUGAAGGGUUAUCAAAAUUAGAGUAUAUUUUAAAAGAGUUCAACAUUAAUGAUAAUUCAGAAUUUUCAAAAGAAGUUAAGUUUCUCUUAAAUCGGUUCAUGCCUCUCCAAUACCCCGCCAGGCAAAUACUUAUAACCCUAUAUAAGGCGUGUAAUCUGCAUUUCUUUUUCCUGGAUUUUACUUCUGAUGAUGUUGCUAUUAUUACAUAUGUUAGGGGUUUAUAUGAAGAUAUCAUAGGAGUCUUUCAAGAGAUUGAAGAUUAUAAUGAAAGGAUGAACUUAAAAAACUUUAAAAAUUAUACGUUGUCUAUGAAAUAUCUUACUGUGAAGUGGGAAAUUAAAAGCAUUGAGACGAAAACUAGUUCUUCAUUCAGUCCAAUUUCACAAACAAACCCAAGCAUGAGUGAGAGACUAGAUUUUAAUAAUACAGCUGAAGGUUACAAUGUAAAAAACACAUUAUUUGAUGACAAUGGAUAUUUUUUUCCUCAGUUAGAUUCCCAACCAUACUCUAGCUUUGUCGAAGAAAACUUGGAUUUACUAAACGUUGUACCAGAUGCUGUUGGUUAUAUUAAUAUUUCUGAUGUUCUGACAAUAGUUCCCUCUGAAAAAAUGGAGGAUAAAGUAGAGAAACAAAUAUCUCUACUUUUGACUAACUCUAUAGAACUAUUUAAAUCUAAUAACAUUAGCUCUGAUAAUCCGAAAACUCAACAUUUAAUGGGGACGAAAUAUAAAUCUAGACCAGAUAUUUUACUUUAUAUGAAAAAUUUAGUGGUUCCAAUUGAAGUGAAACGAAAUCAAAUUAAAGAGAUAUUCCAAGCUUUUGAGAUUUCCAAGUCUAAAACCAAUUUGGGAUCCAGGGAAUUCAUUAACGUUUUCCUGCAAUCUCUUUUACAAUCUCUUCUGUGUUGUUCAAAUAUAUCCUUUAUUACUGAUGGUAAUUUUGCUAUAGCUAUAAUUUUUGAAGAUUAUGAUUUUAUAUCAUAUAAUGUUUCAAAAUUAUACAAAACUCCAUGUCAAAUUAUAGUUUUUGAUUCCGAACUGGAGAGAGUUUCAGUGCCCGUAUUUAUUAUAAUGGUUAUUUUAAAGUACUCAAAAAUAGUUGAGGAAUCAAAGGUCCUUAAUUUUGUUGAAUCGUUGAAUUUUACCGAAGACCAAAAAUCACAAUUAUGGAAGGAUAGAUACGACAUGUUAUAUUCAUUCAAUGACUUGAUCUUAAAGGUACCGGAAAGUAUUACCGUGGAUAUCCGCCGUGGUAACUUACGGACUCUGGCAAUAAGUGAUCAGCGUGAUCACAGUCAAGUUUCAAGUGCAACAGAUCAGGUUUCUAGUGCAACAGACUCUAGUGUUGAUGAUGAAAUAGAUAUUCAUACCAUAAGUGAGUAUAUUCAAGGCGGAGAAGAAGAGAUUGAUAAUGAACUUGAAGAUAUCGAAGGUGAUAUGGAAGAUGAAAUUAAUGACGACGAAAUGAAUGAUAAUUAUUCUGUUAGAUUUCAAGAUCUGGAACUAAAAGAUAUUAAAAAAGUUGAAAAAGAAGUAUUGAAAAAGUUAAACAUUAACGUAUCGCUCAAAUCUUUUUACAUACUUAAAAAUAAUAUGGAUAUGGAAACAUUGGACAUAAGUUCCAUUGGCAGCUAUACAAUAAUUAGUGGUGAGUCUCCACAGAAGAACUAUUCUAUUGUUAUUAAGACUGGAGAUGAUAAAAUCUACAAGAUUUUUGAUCCAGUUCUUUGUCAAAUUGAUUCAUCUGGCAGCAGUGUUUCGUUUCAAGAUCAAAUGGCAUUCACAUUUAAAGCAUUCGUCAGGGAUGCUUUAACUCAUGUCUAUCUAAACGAUUCAUUUAUGUAUAAACCCAGAUGCUACUCAAUUGGAUUUUUGAUUAACAAAGAGAGAGAGACCUGUUCGGAUACUGAAAGUGUUAAUUCAAUGUCAGGAUUUUUUAUCAAAAUGAGCCUUUCAGAAGGACAGAUACUUCUGCGUAUCAACUUCAAUGAUAGUGUUAAAAAAGAAUUGUGGAAUGUUAUAGACACUCUCCAUGGCCUCGGUGUUAGUCAUGGAGAUGUGCAUUCUUCAAAUUUCCUUUAUGAUACAGGCACCAAUUCAAUGAUGAUAUUGGAUUUUGGACGCCUGUAUCAAGCCUAUCUAAGAGGUAAUGCCGGUAAUCGUAAGAAAGGAACAUCCAUUAGUGAACUCGAGAAAAGAAUUGAAUUUGAUCAGCAAAAUACUGAGUCAAUGAUACUUAAAUUGACUCAUGUUCCUCGAUCAUAUUUUCCUUCUCUUAGAUAAAUAAAUAUAUAAUAGAUUUAUUAAAUUCGUAACUAGCUAUUUUAGAAUGUAUAAUAAUGGUCCCAUCAACUGAUUAACUAUUAUU